AUGGAUCUCAUUAACUGUAUUAUUGAAAUCCUUGGUGUCCUAGCUAAAGUUUCCCCAAAGUGUAUCAUCAAAGUGUAUCGUGGUCACAGAACAAAAGAUAUUGUUGAAAAGGGGUUGCAUACACUGCCAUCUUUUGGAAAGGGUAAAGCUAUUUUCAAGAAUGAUAAGGGUGCAUUUAAACUUAUUCACGUAUUGAUUGCAAUGGGAUUUUUAUCAGAAAAUUUGCACAAUUCAAAAGAUGCUAAUAUGACACCAUUUAUAACUGUAGAAGACCAUUCGGAUCUUUCAAAUGGAAUAAGAACUAUAGUUAUGUGA